AUGGAGGAUGAGGAGUCCGUUGAUACUGGGUUUGAUGCCUUAGAAGAUUUGAACGAGGGCAUCUGGAUAGAUAGAGCAAAUCCGCAGAAGUCGAAUAUAGUAGUGUCGGUUGAAGAGAAUCGGAGGAUAGGAGAGAUUUUCUCGCAAACUUUGGUUGUUAAACUGGUGGGGAAGACAACGACACUGGCAGCCAUGAAGAGAAACCUGCUGCGUCUAUGGGGGAAAAGGGGGAAGGUGAAAGUAUCAGAUGUUGAGAAUGAUUACUAUAUGGUUGGCUUUCAGGAUGUUGAUGACUACAUGAACGCCUUAACCGGCGGACCAUGGACUAUAUUUGAUUCUUAUCUGAGUGUGAUGAGAUGGAGGUCUGAUUUUGAACCAUUGGUGGAAGAGAUAACUAAGAUUGCUGUUUGGGUGAGACUGCCGGGAUUAUCGUUUAAGUAUUUCGAUAAGAAGAUUCUGUGGAAUGUCGGAAGUGCCAUUGGUAAGGUGUUGAGGGUAGAUACAAGCACGGCUACAAGAGCAAGAGGAAUGUAUGCUCGAAUAUGCGUAGAAGUUGACCUAAAACAGCCGUUGAUCCCCCAGUAUACAAUUGAUGGAGUGACAAAGCAAAUAGAGUAUGAAAGCAUGGGACUCUUGUGCUUGUGCUGUGGCCGUUUUGGGCACGUAAAAGAUCACUGCAAAGAAGGUAAAAGGGCAGAUAAAAAAGACGGAUAUGAGAGUCAAAAUACUAGGGAGGAUAUGGAGGUGGAAGGUCCCUGGAAAGUGGUACAGAGAAGUAGGAGGGGUAGAGAAGGGUGCAGAACCAAGUGGGGAGUGUUGCAGGGACGUCACGUUUCUCAGUGCUUGAGAGGCAGACCGAGAGGGAAGAGGAGAAUGAACAGGGGGUGGCACCAAUGCAAGAUAUAA